AUGGGUAGUACUAGAGAAUUGAUCUUCCUGGUCUUAAUCUGCAUGCAAUCUCAGCUGAUAUAUGUUCAGUCUCAAACAAAUCAUCUGGAUGCAAGUGCCUUAAAGGCUCUACAGAAUGUAUGGAAGAACACACCACCUAGUUGGGUUGGAUCGGAUCCAUGUGGAAAUCCUUCUUGGGAAGGAAUUGGCUGCACAAAUUCACGCAUUGUAUCUAUAACAUUAGCAAGUAUGGGCAUAAGUGGUAGACUUACUGGAGAUAUAGCAUCGCUGGCUGAAUUAGAUACACUGGAUCUUUCAAAUAACAAGGGCAUGAUGGGGACUAUUCCUCCAUCAAUUGAAAACUUGAAGAAGCUGUCAAUCUUAAUUCUGAAGGGCUGUAGUUUUUCGGGUCCAAUUCCAGAUACCUUAGGAUCCUUAGAGCGGCUCAGCUUUCUGUCUCUGACUUCAAACAGUCUAAGUGGGUCGAUUCCUCCAUCGCUUGGUAACUUGAAUAGGCUUCAAUGGCUGGAUUUUGCUGAAAAUAAGCUCACGGGAACUAUCCCAGUCUCUACUGCAACUUCUCCUGGUCUUGAUCUAUUGAUCAACACAAAACACUUUCAUUUUGGAGGGAAUCAACUCAACGGCACAAUCCCACUUACACUUUUCAAUUCAAACAUGACUUUGAUACACCUGCUCUUUGAAAACAACCAACUCACAGGAAGCAUUCCUUCUACAAUAGGACUUCUGAGCAACUUGGAAGUGCUUCGUCUCGAUAGGAACAGAUUAAGUGGAACAGUGCCACCAAAUAUCAGAAAUCUCCCUAUUGUCCAUGAAUUCUACUUGUCCAACAAUCAACUGACUGGACCCAUUCCUAAUCUUGAAGGCCUGACUGCUCUUCAUUCCUUAGAUUUGAGUAAUAACUCUUUCAAUACAGAAAGUUUCCCUUCUUGGUAUUCAAGUUUCUCAUCUUUGAUGACUUUGGCAAUGGAAAACACACAACUUACAGGUCAAGUUCCUGCAGCAGUUUUCAGCCUUCCUCAGCUACAAUCUGUUGUACUGAGAAACAACGAGCUAAACGGGACUUUGGAUUUGAGUUCAAACUCGAACAGCCAAUUGGAGCUUGUGGAUUUGCAAAAUAAUAGCAUUGCUGGAUUUACAGAGAGACCUGGGAUAGGUUUUCAGAUAAUACUUGCUGAAAAUCCUGUAUGUGAAGGAGUUGAAAGAACCUAUUGCAUCCCUUUACAGUCUAAUCCUCCUUUUUCGUCGCCGCCAAAUAACUGUAUCCCUCCAACAUGUUCGGAUGAUCAAGUUUCAAGUCCCAACUGUCGAUGCGCAUAUCCAUUCACAGGAAACUUUACGCUCAGAGCUCCUUCCAUUGUGGGUCUUGGAAAUUCGUCUCUCUAUUCAGAACUCCAGAGCUCAAUGAUGAGUAGUUUCACUUCCUUUGGCCUUCCAGUGGAUUCAGUUUCUAUAAGUAAUCCAAUCAGAAAUACAGAUAACUACCUGAUACUUAAACUGGGAUUUUUCCCAUUUGGAACAGACCGUUUCAAUCGAACAGGAAUUUAUUCAACGGCAUUUACUCUGAACAACCAAAUGUUUAAGCCACCAGUCAUUUUUGGACCUUACCUCUUCGGCGGUGAACAAUACAUUCACUUUCAGGGUGAAGGUUCUGGAUCUAGAAAGUCAAAUACAGGUAUUAUAGUUGGAGCAGCCAUUGGCGGGUUUGUUCUUGUCAUGUUGUCUAUCCUUGCAGGAGUCUAUGCAUUUCGUCAAAAGAAAAAAGCUGAAAAGUCUGACGAGCAAAACAAUCAUUUUGCUUCCGGGAACCCAGGCAAAAGUAGCAGUAGAAUUCCUCAGUUGAAAGGAACCAAGGCCUUCACAUUCGAAGAGGUGAAGAAGUAUUCAAAUAAUUUCUCUGAGGCCAAUGAUAUUGGAUCUGGUGGUUAUGGGAAGGUGUAUAGGGGAACUCUUCCAAGUGGUGAAAUGAUUGCAAUUAAAAGAGCGAUGAAAGGAUCCAUACAGGGAGCAAUUGAGUUCAAAAGCGAGAUUGAGCUUUUAUCAAGGGUCCACCACAAGAAUGUGGUUAGCCUAGUUGGAUACUGUUUAGAUCAAAGCGAGGAAAUGCUUGUCUAUGAGUACAUCCCAAAUGGAUCUCUAAGAGAUAGCCUUUCAGGACAAUCAGGAUUCAGGUUGGAUUGGGCGAGAAGGCUUCAGGUAGCUCUCGGAGCAGCUAGGGGCUUGCAAUAUUUACAUGAGCUUGUUAAUCCAGCAAUCAUACAUAGGGACAUUAAGUCCGACAAUAUUUUACUAGACAGCCGCUUAAAUGCUAAAGUUGCAGAUUUCGGUCUCUCCAAGGCUUUUGGAGACCCUGACCAAACACAUAUCAUUACUCAAGUCAAGGGCACUAUAGGAUACGUGGACCCAGAAUACUACACGACAAAUCAGUUGACAGAGAAGAGCGAUGUUUAUAGCUUUGGAGUGAUGUUGCUGGAACUGGUAACUGCAAAACAACCCAUAGAAAAAGGUAAAUACAUAGUACGAGAAGUGCGACAGAGAAUGGAGAACAACAUUCAAGAAGUUAUCGACCCCUUGCUCUUGGGAAAAACACUGAAUGGUUUGGAGAAGUUUGUUGAUGUUGCUCUGAGAUGUGUUAAAGAGACCGGAGCCGAGAGGCCAACGAUGGGGCAAGUGGUGAAAGAAAUCGAAAACAUAAUGCAAUUGGCUGGCUUGAAUCCCGAAGUUGAAUCCACAGUCACAUCUGCAAACUACGAAUGGACUAGUCAAGCAGUUAACCAUCCUUACAGUGAUGAAAGUCUACUACUGUAUAAUGGGUCUUUCCUCAGUUCAACGUUGGAACCACAUUAAAGAAGAAAUAAGU